AUGGAGAAGAACGGCGUGUUUUCGCGUGUCCGAUCACGCUGGAGAAGCAUUUUCUCAAAGGUUUCGCCCGUUGUUCUUAGCCGAAAUUGUUCCUUUUCUGUUUCAGAAAGCAAAUCCAGUGAAGAUUCGCGACUGCAACAGGCUUACGUUCGAACGGAUUCUAUCGGACCCGAACGAACAAAUCGGAACGAUCCUUGCUCAGGCCACUGUCGAGCCGAUCAAUCUUCCCAACGGCGGCGGAAUAGCUCUCAUUCAAGAGACGACGGUUUACGAAGAAGAGCCAGUCGCGCCUGUGGUAUUUGAAUGUGAUGCGAACGAAAAUUCACUUCCAAAUUCAGAAACCCGUUCGAAAAAUAACUCCAAGCCAUCGUUUUCGAAGAUUGUCGUCUGGCGACUUGAAUGUAAUUCGAAGAAUGACUGAGGAAAUCAAUUUUGAUCUGAAGGUUGAUAAACUGUUCCGACUAAUCCGACAUUUCGAAAUGAAGUUGCAGAAUGUGAUUUACGAUGGAAAUGAGAUCACCGGCGAAACCGACGAGGAGAAUGGGGUCGAAAAGGCGUGCUUCAAACCGGGACCUUUUUAUCCGACCGGUGCGAUUCAAUUUGACAUUUUACAAAUGAAAUAUUCGUUUCAGACCAACAGAUGAUGUUCCUGAAGCAAUGUUUGAAGAAAGUGGAGACUCGACCACCGAAUAUGUACUAUCUGACGAACGGUUGGACUGUCGACAACUUCGAGGCUCUUUUCAAGUACAUCAUCAGAAGCGGCGAAGAUUGUGUCAGAGAGUCCCUACUGAGCAUCGAAUUCCGGAACUGUGUCGUCUCUCUCGGAUACUUGCACCAGUUCAUUGAGGAGUAUGCCGCUUUCAAAGGGGUGAAAGUCAAAACUGACUACGUCUACGCCACCAUUCACUCCAGAAAGGUUGUUGAAUAAAACAGCGGGGGGCUCGCAAGUGAUUAUCAAGCUUUAGGCGUCGUUGGAGAGAAAGCUGCGAGGCGAAAUCGAACCGUUUGUCGAGGUGGAGGCGAGAGUGCGAAAAGCGCGCAUCUCGUACACUUCCACGUUCAUUCUCAACUCUCCACACACUCCUAAUGUGACUGUUGUCGUUCGAUUUUGCUGCUCAAAGCCAUGCAACUUCGAGAAAGGGAAGAAAAACGUUCAAAUUGUGUGUUCGAUUCAAAUUUGAAAGCAUCGUUCUCUUUAUUUUACAGUCGGUCCAAGUUGAUCAUCUGACCGGACAUCCAAAUAUGGAAAUGAACGAGGCGAUACGGUUCGAUGGAAUUGCGUGCGAAUGUCUCGAAGUGCCGGUUGAGGCUGUCCCACCGAUUGAACGAACCACUCUCCCCAUCAGAACCAUCGUUACUGAUCGUCAGAUGAUCGUCGACGACGAGGAGGUUCCGUUGCAGCUCUCUUAUCACAUUGACGAACAGCCGGAAGGCCCUUCAGAGAGUACGGUGCAUGUGGAAAACGAUCAGACGGAUAUCACGGUGAGCAACGGAAUCAUCGUGAAAAUCGUAAUUUUUAAUGCAGAUUGAUUCGGCCCUCGAUUGCGAUUGUCACGAGUACACUGAGAUGUUCCCGGCACUUCUGGAAUUGUUCGAAAAGGCCGGAAUCAAGGAGAUUGGCGAGGAGGAAGGGGAAGACGAAAAUAUCAAAAAGCUGGUCGAGAAAUUGAUGCCAAAGAAGAAAGUGUCGCUCACCGAAGUCGAUGUUUCUUCGAAUGCGGACGAGACUGACGAAGAAACGCAGUCGAUAACGUCUUCCUCGACCGUCCUUUCCUUUUCUUCCGUCUCCGUUUCGUCAUCCGAAUCCGACGAUGACUUUAAACUCGGGGCUGUCACCGCCAUGGUUCUCUAG